AGAAUUUUAUAUUGUGAGGGGCAUCUGGGUCCAAGACCGGCGCAAGCAAACGUGUUGGAGAGACUCGCUGCUGCUUGGAAUUCUAUUGUGACUUGAGUUUUGCAAAUAAGCAUAAUGCAGCAGGCAUUCCGCGCUCACGCGCCACGCCGCGCGGGCGGCAUACGCGGUAGCGGUUCUCGAUUGAAGCCCUCCGUGGCUUGCCGCGCUGCGUCGUCGGUUGCAAGCAAGGCAGCAGUUGAAUCUGCGAUUGCUUGGGCAACCAAGCAGGGCGCAAAGCUGGAGAAAGCGAACCUCUCCACAGACAUCCUCACCGACAAGCCGAUUUUGGUCGCGUCGGCUGAUGUGCAGCCCGGCGAGUCGCUCAUCGUCGUUCCUGAUGCCGCUUGGGUGUCGGUCCCAAACGUCGCGAAGACGACUGUGGGCAAACUUGCAUCCUCAGCGGGGCUCGAGCCUUGGCUGCAGCUCGCGCUGGUGCUAGUCGCCGAGCGUUUCGGCAGCGCUAAAUCUGAGCUGGCUGGAUACGCGUCCAGCCUGCCCGAGGAUCUUGGGACGCCCCUGCUCUGGAGCGAGGAGGAGACGCGGGCUCUGGCGGGCACGCAGGUGGCGGGCACCCUCAACAGCUACCUGACAUUCUUCCGCUCCACCUUCGCGCAGCUGCAGGCCGGCCUGUUCACAGCCAACCCCGCCGCCUUCCCGCCGGCCGUGUUCACGCUGCCCAACUUCGUGUGGGCGGUGGCGGCGGUGCGCAGCCGCAGCCACCCGCCUCUGGAGGGAGACAAGAUCGCGCUGGCGCCUCUGGUGGACCUGGUGUCGCACCGCCGCGCCGCCAACACGAAGCUGUCUGUGCGGUCCUCGGGUCUGUUUGGCCGGGGCCAGGUGGCGGUGGUGGAGGCCACCCGCGCCAUCCGCAAGGGCGAGGCGCUGGGUAUGGACUAUGCCCCGGGCAAGCUGGACGGCCCCGUACUGCUGGACUACGGCGUGAUGGACACCGCCUCACCAAAGCCCGGCUACAGCCUGACCCUGACCCUGGAUGAGUCGGACAAGUUCGUGGAUGACAAGGCUGACAUUGUGGAGGGCGCCGGCCUGCGCCCCUCCAUGACCUACUCCAUCACGCCCGACCAGCAGCCGGGCGAGGAGAUGAUGGCCUUCCUGCGACUCAUGAACAUCAAGGCCAUGGACGCCUUCCUUCUGGAGUCCAUCUUCCGCAACGAGGUGUGGGGCUUCAUGCAGGAGCCGGUGUCGGAGGGCAAUGAGGAGGCGGUGUGCGCCAUGCUGGCGGAAGGCGCGCGGGCGGCCCUGGCCGGCUACCCCACCACCCUGGACCAGGACCUGGCUGCGUUGCGCUCCAACUCCACCCCCCUGGGCAGCCGGGCUGAGGCGGCGCUGCUGGUGCGGCUGGGCGAGAAGGAGUCGCUGGACGCCGUGGCCCGGUUCUUUGAGGACCGGCGUGCCACGCAGCUGAAGCGCCUGGUCUACUACCAGGAGCGUCGGUUGAGGCGGCUGGGGCUGGUGGACGACGAGGGCCGUACGACGUACGACAACUUUUUUAAGGAUGGCAUUGCGUAAUGGAUUGCGCCAGUCGCAUUACCAGAGUGUCAUGUGUGCUAGAGCACUUCUGUGUAAGUUUGUCCCGCGAUUUUGGGGCCCGGGCGGCUGUUGUUCACGGCAAGUUGGAAUGAGGCAUGCCCUCAGCAUGCCAUUAGGAAUGGCCAGGUCGAAGUCAUUGUAGAAUGUAGAUCAGGAUUUCAGAGAUGCGGCGGGCGCCGACCGAGGGAGAGUCUUGGGCCGCAUGCUAGUCGGCCGCGGCCUGCGCCUGCGCGGCCUGCUGCUGCGCGUGGCGUGUGCGCAGCGGUGAGGGACUUCAGAGGAAUAGCGGGCCCGUCAGGCCGUCACCCUCCCCACUUAACUUGAUGGUUUGCUCAUGGCUAGACUACUCGUUUCGUGUGUUUAGGGGCCCUGGCUCAAUCUGCGGUCGAUGUAACCGUUGACGAUA